CUGAAUAGACCGAAAUCUCUUUUCCUUUCUCACUCACAGUUCAGUGGACUGUGGUCGUCUGUGGAGCGAGGAGAGGAGAAGAGGAAGCGAGAGAGAGAGAGAGAGAGAGAGAGAGAGAGAGAGAGAUGGCGAGGAGGGCGGAAGAGGAGUAUGAUUAUCUAUUCAAGGUGGUAUUGAUCGGGGACUCGGGAGUUGGGAAAUCCAAUCUUCUCUCGCGCUUCACACGCAAUGAGUUCUGCCUUGAAUCUAAGUCCACCAUCGGUGUUGAAUUCGCCACUCGCACCCUCAAGGUUGAAGGGAGGAUAAUAAAAGCUCAGAUAUGGGACACAGCAGGACAGGAACGGUAUCGCGCAAUAACUAGUGCCUACUACCGUGGAGCUCUUGGAGCCGUCCUAGUCUAUGAUACGACGAAGCACACAACAUUUGAGAAUGUGUCUCGUUGGCUCAAGGAGCUCCGUGACCAUGCUGACUCUAAUAUUGUGAUCAUGCUUAUUGGCAACAAAACAGACCUCAAACACCUUCGUGCCGUCGCCACAGAAGAUGCACAGAGCUUUGCUGAGAAGGAAGGACUUUCCUUCAUAGAGACAUCUGCUCUCGAGGCUAUAAAUGUCGAGAAGGCAUUUCAAACAAUCCUUGCUGAGAUUUACAGGAUCAUCAGCAAGAAGUCAAUAUCCUCAUCGGAGGAGCCGGGCUCCGGACCUGCAGGUGGAAUCAAAGAAGGAAAGACGAUCGUAGUAACAGGAGCAGAGGCUAACAGUACAAAGAAGCAAUGCUGCUCAGCAUAAAUUCACUUAAAAGUUUUGUAUUGUUUCUUGAAUCCUGUGUGCAUUUUUUGUUAUUCGUCAGUAUACAUGUUGUUGAAUGGUUCCACAUGGACUGCUUUUUCAAGACAUUUGCAAGGGUUUUUACUAAAGCUCA